AUGAAUCCUGGAGACACGCCAAGGCGUCAACUUCUUCGACAAGAAGAGCAGGAGGAAGGCACUUCAGCACAGAGGCCUGAAGAAUUAGAUGAAGAGUCGAUGGACACAUCAAAGAGCCCAGUAGUUGCAACGACCAAAUUCGCGUCUUCUCAACGUCCACAUUCGAUGACUUCUAGUAAUUCAACAUCAACAUCAACUACUAAUACAACAUCCUCUUCAUCUUCAGCGGCAAAACAUUGUGAAAUGCGUCUAAAACAUCGACAGGUCCUACAAGUUGGAGGUGGAGGGGGAUCAACAACAUCGUCAUCGACAGAGGACUCAGAGGCUCGCGAAAGACGUUUUGGAUCGAUUGAUUUGCAGCAGCCACUUCCUCUCAAGACUGCUCCUUGUACCUCGGUCACUGGUACUGAUCUCACUAAAGGCCAAUUUCCUAUUGACGCACAACUCAAACAUGCUCUUCUUGCAGAUUUCAGUACGUAA